GUACUGUCGUGAAUGAAAACGCAUCUCGCUCCUUUUCGCUUAGAAGAAGAAGAAGCUCAGAGCUGCCUAAUGGUAAAAAGCGGAUUCUCAGUCUGAUCUUUGAGAAGAAGAAUUUCUGAUCGGGAAGGAAACAAAAUGGAGCCAGGCCAACGAACAAGCAGCACUCCACCAAAAGAACAAAUGCCUCAGACCGCGGAGAAGAAAGGGAAUCCAUCUCAGUCUCCAGCCACCACCACCACCACCACCAAUGUAUAUGUGCGGAGAAAAGUCGAGAUCGACGCAUCCAAAGACACUGUGACUAAGCAGCAGGCCAAGGCCAGCUCAUCAUCCACAGUACCACCACCUCCGGAAUGGGAAGAGCGUUACCACCAUCUUCAAAUGCUCCUAAACAAGCUUAAUGAUUCUGAUCAGACCGAUCAUCAUCUACACAUGCUUUGGUCACUUUCCUCCGCGGAGCUUAGCAAGCAUGCGGUUGACUUGGAGAAGAGGUCCAUUCAGCUAUCUCUCGAGGAAGCGAGGGAGAUGCAGCGUGUAGCGGCUUUAAACGUGCUUGGAAGGUCUGUCAGUACUCUAAAGUCUACAUCCAAUGAAGACAGAUAAUGAUGGGGGCUUUUGUAAUAGCCUUCCAACGCCAAAGUCUUUCUUCUUAAGCCUCCUCCUGGUCCUGGGACAACUGUCACUUGGGGCUUAAACAUCCCAUUGUAUUCGUGUGUCUACUACUUAUAACAUGUGUACUCAUCCCAGCUCUCAUAUCUCAUUCUACCAAGUCCAUGUAUUUUAUCUCUGUAGAUGAAGAUAAUUGAGUUUUUAAGUUGGAGAUUAAAUUUGCUGAAUAA